AAGGAAAGCUUCUCAGGAUAUACCUCGAAAAUCUGAUGAGCGUGAUCGUGAUUUCGGUCGUAGACCUAGUGCCUCUGCAAGUAUACACAGUGAUUCUACUGGCACAACGAACGCCCAGAGUUCCACGGCAACCACUGGAAUGAUCAUACCCAACAAGAGUACGAUUGCUGAAGAAGAUAUCGAAGUUCCAUACGGGAGAGAGAUCAGAGACAGCGCUGGGACGGCUGUUGAUGAGCGGGACAAGAGUCAAGAAAGGAGCAGAGAAUUGGAUAUGGAUGGCGUAACUGAUGGCGAACGCGAGAAUGGGGAGUACGCGAAUUCAAGGAGCCCCUUGGGCGGCCUUAAUGGAUUGAGUGCGCGCCUGAGAGGCGUUGACGUUGAUGAAGAUGAUAAUGGAGGAGCACGAAGCGGCGAAGAUUAUUUCGACAAGGUCUCUCUGGGAAGGACCUCUAUUACAUCAGACCGAUCGGCUGGUGCUUCGGGUAUGGGAUCGAGACUGUUUUCAGGACGUAUGAGCGUUGGGGGCGAGGAGCACGAGAGACUACGACGCGACUACGAAUACAAGAUCGCCACCAUGCAAAGCCGAAUUACAUCGCUAGAACGAGACUUAGGGAAUUCUGAAGGACGAGAACAACAGUUACUAGACAGCCAGGAGCGCGUCAAGCAACUGGAAGAAGACCUUGAUGGUUUCCGCAGGAGGGCUGAAGAACAAAGUACUGCGAUGCGGUCCUUACAGAAGGAACUGGAUGAUCUACGCGAACUUCGGGCUCGCGAGAAAGAGCGAGAAGUAAGGCGAACUCAAGACGAUGAAGAGGAGCUACAAAUACUGCGGGACCGAUGUGAGCGUCUGGAAGAGGAACGAGGUAAUUAUAAAGCAAGGGAUGACACCGAGAUUGUGGAUCAGCUCCGUACUGAUAUGGAAGGCCUAUUGACUGAACUGUCAGACUUAUCCCGUCGGAAUGACGAGCUGAUGACUGCUAAAGACUCAGAUCUUAUCAUCAUUCGCGACCUUGAUAGCCAGCUCAAGGAUUACAAGCGAAAAUACGAACAGGCCAAGACUGAGCUAAGAAGUGUAAAAGCGACGUCGCAACUCUUCUUGCAAGCUCCGAAGUCCGACGAUCAGCUUCCUAUGUCUUCCGAUGGUGGUCUUCUCGAUAUCCAUGUUACCGCUUUUGUUUCUGCUACUGACGGUCUCCUUACUGCUGCUCGAUCGAAUGCACCCACGCGGGUCCUAACUCCCAUGAAAGCUGUGGUGACUUCAGUAACUGCCAUCAUCGAAGAUGUUCGUUCGUAUGAGCAACGGCCCCAGCGAUCUGACAUCGACAUCGAGAACCUGCGAUCGCUCCGUGAGCGCGCAGAAGCCACUCUCAGUAACCUCGCUACUGCCUCCAAGACACAUGCUACUAGUUCAGGCAUGUCCCCUGUCAGUCUACUGGACGCCGCUGCUAGCCAUGUAUCGGCGACUGUGACGGAAAUUGGUAGAUUGAUAUCUAUACGGAAAGCUACAAAGAGUGAACAGGAGGAGUUCUUGUCUUCCCCUCAUAUGUCCAGUUCCACAUCAUUUUCCCCGUCUCUGCGGUCUAUAGAUGAAAUUAGAUUGUUGCACGAACGGAAGUUGAGCAGCUCAAGCUCAAAGCGUUCUGACGGCUAUUCUUCGCCCCUUGCCAAUUCUUCACGUUUUGCGGAGCCGCAGAACCGCAGGGCUCCUUCCGAGCAUUCAAGUUCACAAACCACUUCUCCGCCUCCGAUCUUUGAUAGAUCACCGGUAGUCGGUGCUGGCGGUGUUAUCAGCGAUGAUUCAGCUGUGCCAGAGGAUGCUUGGGCUGAGCUCAGGCCUUAUCUUGAGGAGCAGACGGAAUCGAUCGUGUACGCUAUCCAGAGUGUACUGUCAGGAGUCCGCAGCCCCGUUCCCUCACCCACGCUUAACGAAAAUCUCACUCAAAUCAUAACCAUUGUGUCCAGUAUUGUUGCCGUUUGCAACGACAACCUUCCUCCUGCCUCCGCACAGCAGGGUAAUGAGAUCCUACAGGAACUCAGCGAUCAUGCUAACAAGCUCAGCGAGGUUCAGGCAUUGCCUGAAGUAACGAAAGAGUCACGACAGAUCAUGGCAAAGUCGAGCUUUGCGGUGGCUAACGCGAUGAAGGGAUUGAUGAAGUUAUGAUGAUGUCUGUUAUGCUAUGUACUACCCUUUGUCUGUAUUCUAAUUGGAUAAUUCGUACUUCGGAACUUACAGACCGUCCUUUGCGAUGUUGUUUGCUACAUGUAUGGUAUAUAUAAGUGCAAAAGAUUCCUAUGGCAUCACAUUAAACAUCCACCAAAGAUGGCUUGCAUUUCUUCUGCCAGCUUCGCAUGGUCAACCUCUGACAUGCUAGUUUGAUCUCCUGGAACAUGGAGAGGGUCCAGAGUACCACCGCCGUUAUUGUCGACCAGAGGCUUGACUGAUUCCCAGAACUCAUUGAAGUCCAUAUCAACCAACCCAUUUUGGAUGACGGUAGAGUCCAUAGGAAUUUGCGUGCCAUCUUCCCGUGGACCACCCAUACCACCAGAGAAAAUAGCGUCGAGAUCAUGAAAGUAUUUGUCGAAAUCUUCAGAGAAUGAACCGUCAGAUGGGGGAAGUAAAUCGAUGUCGCUAUGAAGAGCGUGCUCGAUUUCGUCACCGAUAGCUCCAUCUGAAUCUGACAUGAGUGCAUCAGACUCGGGAACAUCUUCCAUGCUUUCGUCUCCAGAUGGCAGAAGAGACGGACUUGUGGGUGGGAGAGGAG